AUGUGGGAGUCUCCUCGGCAGAUGCAAGCGCACACGCCCUUCCCCUCCUGGAUCGCCUACGCCGGCACGUUCGCCGCCGGUGCUGGUCCGGCGGCAGCGGCCGCCCCGAGCCUGCCGAGCGAGCACGGCCCCGACCAUGCCUGGAACCAGAGCGCCCCAAGCGUGGUAGCGCACGGGAGCAGCGGCUACAGAGGGAACUUCCUGUCUCUGCUCGAAGCGAAGAACGUGACGCCGGAGAUGUUCGUGGACGACGUUCCCGCGGCAUGCGACUACCUCGGAGGAGUGGGCGCCGCCGCCGCCGCCGCCAGCAGCAGCAGCAUGGCCGGCCCAGCUUCUGCCUGUGGCCUCCUCCUCGGCAGCGUCGACCCGUACUCUACUGUUGCCAGUAGUGCUCCUCCAGUCAAGCAUGAGACGGCAAGCUUGCCAUCGCCGCUCGUGUACUCGGAGGACAGUGUGGUGCACGACCACGAGGAGAAACCAGCUGAUGACAGCCAGCGGCAGGGCUUUGGAGCUCCCAGCACGGCUGCAUUUCUGCAGCAAAUGGUCCCAAGCCGAGUGGAGCUUCAGAGUGUUCUGGGUUACUCAGGCAUGGUGCACGGGAGCAGCAUGGGCUGCAUGCCGUGCUACGACCACGAGGAGAAACCAGCUGAUGACAGCCAGCGGCAGGGCUUUGGAGCUCCCAGCACGGCUGCAUUUCUGCAGCAAAUGGUCCCAAGCCGAGUGGAGCUUCAGAGUGUUCUGGGUUACUCAGGCAUGGUGUCUGAAAGACUGUCUUCCUUUGGCGUGGGGAGCUUGCCGGAUGCCGGUUCUUUCAGUGACUACAACAGGUCAAGUGCAGACUUCAUGUCCAGCAACAGCAACAGAGAGGAGCAAGAUAUUAGGCCGGGGAUGGGCAUGGGCGGUCGCAGCAGUGGAAGUGGAGCUGCGACAAGUGUAACCACGAGGAGGAAAUCAGAGGAAGGGGUUGCUGGAGGAAACACGAAGAAAUCUAAGCAGGAGGCUUCCCACAAGGCGUCGCCUCCUAAGCAUCAAGUGCCCAAAGUGAAGCUGGGAGAGAAGAUCACAGCGUUGCAGCAAAUCGUGUCACCUUUUGGGAAGACUGAUACAUCGUCGGUGCUGUUGGAAACGAUCGAGUACAUAAAAUUUCUUCAUGAGCAGAUACGGCUGUUUAGUGAACCGUACAUGACGAAAAGCACGUACAAGGGUCACAUUCGACGCAGAGGCGAAGAGAAAGAGGAGGAAAGCGGGACGGGGCAUGACUUGAGGGGCAGAGGGCUCUGCCUGGUCCCUGUUUCGCUGACCUCGCAAGCAUACCACGAUGACACCACCCUGCCGGACUGCUGGGCGCCCGCGUACAGGAGCUGCCUGUACCCAUGA